AUGAUGGAGAUGUACGAUGCGCCGAUGUUAGAGCCCGACGUGGACGUGCCGAUGCACGCGACAUUCGGCAGCUCGCCUAAAACAUGGAACGAGGCCACAAUGGACGACGAUACGUACGAGACUGCCGACGUCGAAGUCGAUAUGGAAGGAUACGGCGAUGGCGUGGAGUACGAGAUGGAAGACGAAAGCUCGGGCUACGAGGAGCAGCCGGUGCCCGUUGUGGAUGUCGAUUUUGUCGACGCGCACGUUGACGACGGGAACCCGGUCGCUGUGGAACACGACAUGUCCGAACACCCUCCGGAAAUUCCCGGAUUCGCUGUUUUUACGGAGGCUCAUAAUCCUGAAGCUGUUGACUCUUUGGCUGAGACGUCGUUUGUUACUGCUUUUGAAGGCGACAUCACCGUAGCGGAGCCCUCCGCCCCAAUCGAGCCGAUAUCACCGCAGGAAAACUACGAGGCUCCCAGCACCGAGAACGCACCCGAAGAUGCACCUGCCGACUCGCAGCCCGAACCUUUUGACGCUCCCUCCGAGGCCCAUCCAGAGUACCUCGCUGAGCGAUCCGAAGAGGCUGUGGAUGGUCCUUAUGAGGAGGCGGCCGGUGGCGCUUACGAGGAAUCAGCUGCAGCUCCAUACGAGGAAGCGGGCGAAGGACAAGAUGCCAACGCCGACGCUGCAUACGAACCAGAACACGGACCAUACGACGAAGCUCAAGGCGAUCCCUACACUGAGGAACCACCGCGUGAAAAUGCUGGCGAGGCUUACGUGGCGUCACCGGAGGAUCAAGCCGAGGUAUACCAGGAACCUGAAGGUAGCCUCGAACAAGAGUACGAGGGCGACCCGCACGAGAUUGAGGACGGCAUGUGGAUCGAACCGCCGCCUGCUGUCCUUCUCGAUCUGUCAACCUCUUCUGCCGAAGCGUCUUACUGCUUGUUCAACGAGCCCUCAACCUCUCGCGCAGGUAGCUCGGGUGGUGAGCCCCCGACGCCUCCUCGGUACCAGGUACUGCUUCAAGAGCAACCAACACUGUAUUAUGCCCCGCUGUCGGAAAUUUUCUCCGAGCUUCGCUCGGUCGAGGAUGUUCAGCGGCUUCUACCCGACUAUGCCGAGGGUGAGAUGAUGAUAGAUGCAUACGACCUUCAGCUAGUGGUAUCUGAGGAUAACGUUCUCGCAAGCGAGGUCUCUCUGCAUGAUCUGAACAGCUUACACGACGGCACCAGUCACGACGGCCCACUCCGUCUCCGACUGCGUUGCUCUCCUUUCAGAUUCUUGACGCGUUACUACGCCUUGCGCGAACAGGUCUAUCGUAUGGAUCUAGCGGAGGCCGGUACAACCUACGACGCCGAAGAAGCAGGCGAAGCGGAACAGUACGAGCAAGAUGCAUCACAAGAACAGUUUGCGGCUCCAGCACCACCAGUUGAGACGCACGUCCAAGAACAAGCCGAGACUGACGCACAGCAAGACCUCGAAUCUGGACAAGCUCAACAAGAGUCCUCCGUCGACCACGCUCCCGUCCCUGAUAUGGUCCACCAAGACCAGGCACCAGAUGAAGGCCAAGAAGACCAGUACGACGAUGCGGAUGCCGACGCUGAAGGCGAGGACGACGACGAGCAAGUCCAGCCGACAUCAACGACUCAGCAAGAAGCCGACGCGCCCGUUCAUGCAGUGACCGGAGAAGACGCCCACGCUCUCGAGACGACGUACGACGGACCCUAUAACGACCCUGUCGACCCUCCCUCGGACUUGCAAGGCGAACUCGAUGCCGACGACGUACACGCCCAAGCCGACACGGACGCAACUACAGGUCUUACACCCGAGACGACUGAGUACGCCGAAGAGACUGUUCCGCAUGAGGAAGACGAGGAAGAAGGCGACGAGGUUGAAGAGGCUGCCGCUGAAGCUCUUGACGCAUCCGCGCCCGUUGACGAGACCGGAGAGGUCUACGAGGGCGAGGAGGCGUCGGAGGGGACGCUUGAGGGUGAUGAUGGCCAGGAGGGCGGCGUCGACGCUUAUCCUGGUGGAGAGGACGGGCCGUUGAAUGAGGACGGCUAUCCUGAUGACGAGGGCGCAGAGGCAGGUGAACAAGAUGAAGAUGAGCACUCGCGCACUGAUCCUGCCGCUGACAACGAUGAGACGUCUCCCGUGUUCUCCAGUUUGGCACUUCCUAUGCUCGCCAACGGUGGUGAGAGCCAAAUCAGCGGUCUGAGCACCGGUGCAUCGGAGUACUGGGACGAUGCCUCGUACGAGGGCGAGACUAUCGCGCCCGCAGUGUCCGAUAGCAGCCUGAAGCGUCGCUAUGAUGAUCUUGAGGAGUACGAUGAGACGGAUGGACUUGAUACCUCGCGUCAGCUUUCCGCCACACCAGACUCAAAACGUGCGCGAGUCGAGUAA